AUGGCAGACACCAACGACCUCCGCCGUCUCGGCCCACCCACCCUGCGCGCCGCCUGGCUUUUCCAGGCCAUCCUCGCCGGCCCUGCAUUCGUCUUCUUCGGGGCCCACGCGCUGGCGACAGCCUACAACCCCUACUCGUCGGACGAUCUAUACCUGUCGCUCAAAGAUCUCGGCCUCGCCAUGUUCACCGCCCUCAUCGUGUUCAUCUUGGUAGUCCAGCGCGGCUAUGCGAACCCGGCGCCCAGGGUGGCGGCGCGGCUCGAGCUUGCCAAGAGCGUGCUCGCCUCUGCGACUUGGCUCUGGGUAUUUCUGGAUGCGGUGUUUUACACGCCGGAGUGGGACUAUUGGAGAGAUCCUCCAGCUGGGAGCAGGACGAGGAAGAUCGUCUUUACAUUGGUUUCGUCCGUGGUCUUGUUCGUGAGGCUGGCGCGAAAGGCUAGAGACGAUGCGCAAGAAGCGGAAGCAGGAGAAACAGACGAGGACAUGCCUCUACUGCGGAACUGA